AUGAAGCGAUGUGGAACCGUUUCAAAAAGAAAAUUGAUUGUUAUAUUAAAAGCCUCGAUUUUAAUUGUUGAACGUGAGGAAAAAAAGGCGAUUUCCAUCGAAAAGCAAAUUGGGAAGAAGCAACGUAAACUUCCGUACACACUUGCUGUUGGUGUCACCUUGGAGGAAUAUGAACGGCGCUCGGGCGACAGAAAAGAAAAAGGCGCAACACAACAAUCUUUUAAAUUCGGUGUUGCCUUCACCUCAUCAUCACAGCAGCAGCAUUCUUUAAAUCCGGUGCUGUCUUCAAUACCAGCAGCAUUCUUUAAAUCCGGUGCUGUCUUCAAUACCACCACCGCUACAACCACAACACCCAUCACAGCAGCUUUUACAAGCAGGAAUAUAUUUUCGCGGUGA